AUGUUCAUUAAUAAAAUUGUACUUUAUUCAGUUUGUAUAUUAUCAAAAAAUAAAGUUUGUACCAAAUUACAUUAUUCAGCUUGUACUUUAUUCAACAUGUACAUUAUUCAGUUUGUGCAUUAUUCAGAAUGUACAUUAAUCAAAAAUAAAGUUUGUACCAAAUUACAUAAUUCAGCUUGUACUUAUUCAACAUGUACAUUAUUCAUUUUGUACAUUAUUCAGUUUGUACAUUAUUCAGUUUGUACAUUAUUCAGUUUGUGCAUUAUUCAGAAUGUACAUUAA